AUGCUUUAUCACCCAAUUCUCGCUAUUGCAGAAGUUCUCUUGCCCGACGCCAGUUGGCUCAUCGUUUUCGAUUGGGCUUUCAAGUCUUUGAUUCCUUAUGAGUCUUCCCCUAGUAAAAGAGUCUCCGCUGCCUUCAUAAUUCAAGUCCUCAUUGCCGACGCUAUUGCUCACCCCCCUUUACUAUCUACGAACAGACCCACCGCGAAACACAAUCCUAGGAGAGGAAAGUUGAAAAAUGAUCAGACCCACCGCACAAUUUCACCGUUCUCGUUGCCGAUGCUCAACCCCUUCAAUAUCGACGAAGAGACCCACCGCGGAAGAGCACAGUUCACAAUCGCGGAAGAGUAA